GUGUGACGUCAUCACUCGGCGACUGGCUGUGAGUUCUGCGAAGUUAAAUCAGCGUUUAUUGAGUAAACACUGAUGAUGCAGUUCGGGUUCAGACGGAACCUUCCAGCCUGUUUCCACUCGUUUCUCACCAACAUCUGGACUGAAGAGCCUCUCAGUGAUCCUCACACAGAUGUGAAACCCGAAGAGCGUACUAAAGACGGGAUUUCACUUCCUGUGAACGCCGUGUGUGAUCUAACUCCGGCCGGAGACGAUGAGCACCGAGGAUCUUCCUCCUCCUCGCCGCGCCCGUGUGGACUGUGUGUGGUGCAGCCGGCGCGGUACACCUGUCCCAGGUGUAAUGUUCCGUACUGCUCACUGAGCUGUUACCGUGGUGAUGCCCAUACAUCCUGUUCGGAGGACUUUUACAGGGAGUGUGUAAGUCAGGAGCUGAAACUCCGGGGAGGAUCAGACCAGGAGGUGCAGAGGAACAUGAGGGAGAUUCUACUCAGGCUGAGGAGCGACCAUGGAACGGCGAGGGAACUGACAGAAGAGGAGAGACUGGGCACAGAGAAGCUAACGCUGCUGUCCAGACUGGCACAGAUUCAGGAGACUGGACUGGAGGGGCAUGAAGAUGAAGUGGAGAAGAUUCUGCACCAGCUCGGACAGAUCGGUAACGAGGGUGAGGACACGGAGGAGGACGAGGAGGAUUUAGCAACAAGACUGUCGGGAGUAAAUAUUGAUGCUCUAACGGGAGACGAGCUGUGGAAGCUUCUGCCUGAAAAGGAAAAGCAGAAGUUCCAGAGGCUGCUGAAGGGGGGAGAGAUCGGAGCAGUUGUGCCAGUCUGGCGUCCCUGGUGGGAGGAACACGAGCAAGAUGCUUCAGCAUUAAUCGAGGAGAUCCAGUCGAAUGAGCAGGAGGAAACAAGCUCAGAAGAUGCAAACGAAGACAAUCAGAGAGCAACACAGGACGUUAAAAAAACAUCCAGUAAAAGAAAAUCAAGCCGCCCUCCCCAGAUCAGUGCCGGAAUCCCGCCUCUGUCCUCUCUCUGCACCACGCCCUCUCCUGCAGUGAAGUUCAGCCUGGUGAACGCCCUGUACGGGUACACCUUCUGCCUUCACCUGUUUAACGGCGACGUCUCAGAGCCGCAGCAGCAGGCCGAGUUCUCUCGGCUGCUUCUCUCAGUGUCCGAGUGUUUGGGACGCGGCCGAAACUUCCACUCGUUCUCCGAGGCUCUGUGCUCGGCCACGGCGGCCGUGACCGCCGGACGAUACGAUUCCGACUCCGCGCUCGGCGCCCUUCGAUCUGUGGCUCACAUCCUGACCGGGCGGAGUCGCUCGGACCCCGCAGGUUACGCCCUCUCGGCCCUCAGCCACCUGAGCUCCGUGUUCAGCGGGGUCCGAGCCAACACGUCGAAACAGGACGGCGAGUUCAGACGGGCGUGUUUCCUGGCGGGGAGGAAGUGCACGUUUUUACAGGCCUGGGUGACGGAGAGCGGAGAGGAGCUGAGGAGGUUAGCGAGAGAGGCGUGGAGGGAGAGUGGACGAGCGAGAGAGGAGAGAGAGAGGAUGGAGAGAGAGAAGGAAGGACUGAAGGACGAGUGGAGGAAGAAACGAACAGAGAGAAAACUUAUCCAGGAGAUUCAAUAAAUAAUAAUAAAUAUAAAACAUUUAAAGUUCUGAGAUUUUUUAUUUAUAUUCAAUAAACACAAAAAUAUUUCCCCCUCA